GCGGUCUCCCCUUCCCCUUUGAUCUGCGCCGGCGCAGCUGCCAUUGGCUGGCCCGUUUGUGACGUGCGGGGACUGCAGUUGUCCCCUGUAGCAGCGCCGGGCUCAGUUUCCGUCUCUUUAAAGGGACCGAGCUCGCGGGGCUGCUGGAGCCCGGAGAUCCGGGGUGGGGUGGUGGGAGACCGGACCGGGCGGAGCCGGGUGACAAACCCGCCCUAUCCUAGUGGGGGGUCAGGCACUGGGUUUCCCGCUGAUCCACCCGAACCGAACCGGACCAAGGCUCCCAAGCGGGGUGGGCAGAAGAGACCAUUUGCAGUGCACAGCUGCAGCCUCCCUGUGACACCCCAGAACUGGGUCGAACCGGGCCAGCCCCAGCGACGGGGAUCCUGCCGACGUCCCUUCCGAGAGCGAGCCCCAGAGGAUCACACGGGAGUCUGCAUCCUGGCAGCUGGUACCAGUGCCGGAGAGGCUUUGAAUAAUGUUAGGAAGUACGGCCACUUUUAUUUUAUUUUGGAGGGACUACUUUUUUUACAGAAGGUGGAAGAACACCCACCCAGGAAGCAGCCCUUAGGAGCUGCAGGCGCUCAGCACAGCGGAAAAUCACCAGCCUAUUUGACGGUUUAUAGAGCCGGGUUUUUACAGUUACCGGCCACAAGGGGUCAGCAGAACCCAGGAAGAUGAUGUGACCAGCACAAAGGGAGCCUUAGACUGUAGCAGCAGGAAAAGCCGUGUUUGGCGAGUGAUGUCCUGAAAAUGAACGGGUGCUUCGAAGGUGUUGGGCUGCGAUGCCUUUUUAAGGGCGUCAGCAUGGCUGCCCCCAAGCCUCCAAAAUACCUCCUAGCCUUUGACUUUGAUGAGACGAUCAUCAACGAGAACAGCGAUGACUCGGUCAUCAGGGCCGCUCCGGGCCAGGUGCUUCCAGAACACAUCCGCCAGACCUUCCGGGAUGGCUUCUAUAACGAGUACAUGCAGCGCGUCUUCGAGUACCUGGGAGACCAAGGGGUCAAGAUGCUGAACUACAAAACCGUCUAUGAGAACAUCCCGCUGUCUCCUGGGAUGCCGGAGCUCUUCCAGUUCCUCUCCAAGAACCAAGACCAGUUUGAGAUCAUCCUCCUCUCUGACGCCAACAUGUUUGGCAUCGAGUGCACUUUGAGAGCCGCCGGCGUCUACUCUCUCUUCCGCAAAAUCUUUAGCAACCCCUCUGGGUUUGAUAAGAGGGGCUACCUCACCUUGGGGCCCUAUCACACUCACAAGUGCCCCCAGUGCCCCGCAAACAUGUGUAAGCGCAAAAUCCUCACUGAGUACCUGAUGGAGCGGGCCCAGGAGGGAGCAGAAUUUGAGCGCAUUUUCUACGUCGGGGACGGAGCCAAUGACUUCUGCCCUUCCGUGGCUUUGACUUCGACAGAUAUUGCUUUCCCGCGGAAGGGCUACCCCAUGCACCAGAUGACCCAGGAGAUGGAGAAAAAGCAACCCAGAGCCUUCCAGGCCACCGUAGUGCCCUGGGAUUCGGCUGUAGAAGUUUGCUGCUAUCUGCAGGAGCUGCUCAAGAAGAAAUGCUGAGAAGGACUGAUGGGUAGGAAGAGACUCCUGCUGACCUUGAGGCAGCUUGGGGGCACUGUGCAGGAAAGUGGGAAGUUCAGGAGUAUCUCCAUACCCAGGGGCUGAUCUGAUUCCAUCUCUAGCUUUGCAGCGUUUGGACUCUCUGAACUUCUGGAUUUCUUCCCCCGCCCCCUCCUUUUUUUCUUUUAAAAAAGCACAUUCUCUGGGUCCCCUUUUCUCCCCCCUCCUCCCGAUCUUGAGACAAGGUCUUCUCUAUGCAGUUUGCACACCCGUUCAGGAGAGGGGUGUUAGUCAGAUAUGUUUAUUUUUACCUUCACCUUGAAUUCUUUUUUCAAGUGAUUGUUUUAUUUUUUUAAAGAAACAAAAACAAACUAGUUCUCAUGAGGCUAUGAAGUGCCCGUGCUCCCGUUAGCCCCAAGGCAGAGGUCUCUGAAUCUGUGACUUCCCAUCACAGCAGCUGGGGUCCACCUACGUCAUCACCCCCUGCAUGACCCCUCUUCCUCCACACCCCAUCAGGUGACUUGAAAUUGACCUGAGAAUUCCUAAUGGGGCUUGCCUCUGUCCAGGAGGUAGGUUCUAUUCAUAGAGCCACCCUGCCCAUAAACCCUUGUUCCAGGAAGGCUGCUGCAGCAAGAAGACCUGGGUGCGGUACCAGAUUCAGGUGUGGGGUUAGGAGGACACUGUUGAUUUUAGGUUUCCAUUACAAGUGGUUCACCAAAGCACAUUUCUAAGCAAGCAAGAGUGAGAUUUUCCACAGGUACCCAUGGGAGUUAGGCACAUCACAGGCUCCAGUUCCCCAGCCCUGUCCCUUCUGAGCAGAUCACAGUGGGAAAGGGCUGUGGAAUAAUGAGAUGUAGGGGGCAGUGUGUGACAUGGAGCUAGAAAGCCCUGUCCCCCACCAAAGUAUAACUAGUUUGCAUUUAAAACACUUCACUGAAUCUGAAUUUCUACGGCUUGUUUGCACAAGCACACUCAGGAAAGUAAAGUGGAAUAGUUAAACUGCAUUAAACCCCUGUAUGGACACACUCAUUCUGAACUGAAGUGGCCUUAAUUUGGUGUAUCUUAAUUCAAAAGUGAAUUAAACUGAAGUGAAGUAAGGCCACCUUAAUUCUGAAGCAGUGUGUCCACACUGGGGUUUUAUGCAGUUUAACUAAUCUACUUUUAACUUGCACCUUUAGUUAAUUUGGAUUACCAUUCCUGGGUGUCCUGAGGUCAGGGCCAAAUCCUUACACUUUGCCUCUAUUUUGCUUUCAUUUCAACAAUCUUUUUUUCCCCCAGGGCAGAAAUUUCUCCAUGUUACCUUAAACAAACACCUUUCUCUGUUGUUGUUUUAAGCAUGAAAGUGAGCAUCCCCCCUCAAAUGCUUUUAGUCACACAGCUGCUUUCCAAAGCAGAAGCUCGAACUCCUCAGCUGAGUGAAGAGUGACUCAUCAGCUGUGCUCACUAGCCCGUGUCCAGACUGGAUCCCAAAGCCUGUUUAUUGAACUAGUUUAAAACCCAGCCUAAUGCCUGCCCUGUCUGAACUGCGCUCCUGCAGCUGCGCUUUGAAGCAGUCCCCCAAAGGCAAUUUUGAGAGGCCUGGUGAACAGUGCCCAGGAGAGCUAUUGCCCCAAGCUAUGGGCUGCUUCCGGUGCACUUGGAGUAGCAAGUAGCAGCAUAAGCCGAGCUCUCCUUGUACCGUAGACAAAUCACCAGUCAGCUCACAGCAUAGUGGUUAUAUUAGGGUGGAGCCACUUCCUUGGCCUGAUCCUGGGAGGUGCUGAAACUCCCAUUGACUGCAAGGGGAGCUGUGGUGCUUAGCACCCCCGGGGGUCAGACUGCUAGAGGAUCAAAGCCUCUCUCCACUCUCCUUGUCAGUAUUCUCUCCCUGGGCAACCGCAGUAUUACUGCCCCCCCGUGCUUGCACUCGGCAGCCGCAGCAUUAACUGCCCAUGAGGGUGGCUUCUCCCAGGAUGAACUGUAGCCUGUCUACUCUGCACAGUACAGACCUAACCAAAGCCGCACCAGCUUGCCCUCCUCUUUGCAGUUUGUUUGUUUGUUCUUCCUCCCUCCAAUCAUGUGGAACUUAAAGCCAUGGAAUUUAAAAAAAAAAAAUUGAACGUUAUCUAGUAAAUAUCAACAGCAGGUUCGAAA